GCGUACCACACGGACGACGACGACGACGAGGACAAUAUUUCCUCUCAGUGUUGUACUAUAUUACGACGCGUUAUCUGAUCUAUUGUGUCGCAGGCGUGGUCUGUUAGGUGCCAUUGUGCCAGUGUACGUCGCAUGACCUCGACAACGCGUCCUUGAUCAUUUGGCAAGAUGAUGAACCUCGAGCUACUCAGUCCCCUAGCGCAAGAAUACCCGGACAAGAUCACCCAUUUCCUCGACUCCUCCGCCUCCGUAGCUCAGUUCUCGCCGAAUGGACAGCUCUUGGCGGCGGGGAGGGAUGACGGGACAGUUGAGGUGUGGGACUUGCAUACCUAUAGGGUUAUGAGGAGGUUGGAGGGGCAUGUGAAGGGUGUCGUCUCUGUCUCCUGGAGUAGGAAUUCCCGCUAUCUACUUACGUCGUCAAGAGACUUCACAUGCGCAGUAUGGGACCUCGCCGUCCCCUCACGCACCGGGUGCAAGCGCGACACAGUAUGGUUUGAGUCCCCCCUCACUGGAGCCGUCUUCCACCCCCGUACAUCACACGUCAUCCUCGCCACGGUGACGACAAACGAAUGCGUUCUUGUUGAUCUGCGUAAGUCUAGACUGGCAGGCAGGUGGUACCUCUACGACGCGGAAGAAGAGUACUCCAGGUCUACUGGGGUAACAACCGCUCGCUUUACCCCCGAUGGGCAGUAUGUAUGGGCAGGCACAGCAGCCGGUGGACUGAUGAUAUUCGAUGUUGCGAGCAAACAGUUGAUCUUGAGCUGCUCGUUGGAGACGAAGGCGGCGAUGCGUCUGCUCGAGGUGGACCCGACAGGAAGGUACUUUGGCGCUAUCUUCACAGACCGCACUGUACGCGUGUGCAGCGUCACCCUUCCCGACUUCUCACAUCCUCCCGCCUCUACUCCUCCUGCGCCUGAUUCCCCUGCACCUAUUCAACCGAACGGUCACACACCCUCCAUAACCCUCACCUCUGCUGCCUCUCCCAUCCCUGCAAUCUCGCCUCUUCCUGCAGAAGGAGAAGAAGACGAGCCGGGCGUAGCGAUCGAGCAUACUUAUUCGGACCAGAUUGGGCGUUCGGCAUGGACGGGCUUGAGCUGGAGUCCGGAUGGAGAGUGCUUACUGGCGGGGAGCGCUGACAAGGGGAGUCAUAAGCUGUUUAUCUGGUACAGGAGUGGAAGGGGAGGACUGGCGAAGGUGUUGGAGGAUAGGGGAGUGGGCGUCGAGGAUGUUGCGUGGCAUCCCUACCUCCCGCUCAUAGCUAGUGUGUCCAAUAACGGGCGGAUCAACCUCUGGAGUGCGUUGCGAAAGGAGAACUGGAGCGCGUUUGCCCCUGCCUUUGAGGAGCUUGAAGAGAAUAUCGAUUAUGAGGAGAGGGAGGACGAGUUUGAUAUCGAAGACGAAGAUGAGAUUCGCAGGCGUAAGCGGGCGAUUGAGGAGAUGGACGUGGACAUCGGCGGAACCCCGCCCCCGCCGAGACGGGCCAAAAUCAGGGUGGAUAGGCAGCAUCUUGCACCGAUGCCAUUCCACGAGGGUGUUGGGGUCAACGGUGUGGACACUGUGGAUGCAGAGGAUGAGGGAAUAGAUGUGGAUGGUGGGAUUGAGGAGAGCGAGAGUGAGGACGAUCCGGACUUCUUCCCUCCUGUGGAGCUGGAGGAUUGA